AUGCGUUCUUCACUAGUGAACCUACUCCUGUGUACUUUUCUUUUGAAAGUUAGUAACACUGAAAAGAUUACUUUCGAAAAUGUGACAGUUCGAUGGUAUGUUGGUAAGGAGAAGCAAGAAACCGUAUAUACAUCUGACAAUCUUAAAAAAAUCAUUCCUAUUGAAGAAGAAAAAGUGCUCGUGUGGAUCGAUGGCAGCAUUCCCAUCUUGUACGAAAAAUCAGUUUCCGAUAUACCAAAUCUGAACCUACUCAGCCUAUCCGGUGUAGGUAUGGAAGAAAUCAAACCCGGUGCUUUUGGUAAUUUACCACUUCUAGAAGCUCUCUUUCUGGAUUCGAAUAACUUGACAGAAAUCAAAACUGAUACUUUUGUCGAUUUAAAUGUAUCUUACAUAGACUUGCCAUCCAACUCAAUUGUCCUUCUACAACCAGGAGCUUUCAAAAAUUUCAAAGCUGUACGCGUGGAGCUUGAUAACAACAAACUCGCAGAACUUCCAAGUGGUGUCUUCGAAAAUUGUACUCUUGGAAGCUUGAGUUUGAGUGACAAUCUUCUUCACACCAUCGCACCAAGUGCUUUGUCAACAAUUGCAUUGACCAGAUUGAGUCUGUUUGGGAACAAACUCGAGGAAAUCCAACCAGAGGUCUUUGACAUGCAAGAAUUAAUAGCACUAGAUUUGGAUGUAAAUUUAGUCAAGCUUCUGCGACCCGGUGAUUUGAGAAACUUACCAAAGUUGAAGAUACUUAGACUUGCGAGAAACGAAUUGAAAGAAAUCCCAGAGGGGGUUUUCAACAAUACCAAACUCACUCGGUUGGAUUUAAACGGAAAUAAGAUUGCUAAAAUCGCGAGAAAAGCUUUUGAUGACAUGCCAGACCUUGUAGCAUUGUACAUUAACUCCAAUAAUCUAACCCAGUGGGAUAAUAAUUGGCUGAGAGGGGCAAAAUCACUUGCUCAUAUUUCAGUCAAUUUUAAUCAGAUAAUGGAGAUUCCAGACGAAGCGUUCAAGAAUUAUCCUCGUAUGACAAGUAUUGGUCUUCAGGGGAAUAAAAUUAGGAAGAUUUCAGCCAAAGCAUUUGAUAAGUUGGAACAUGUUGAUUUUUAUUUAAACUUGGCCUCUAAUGAUAUUGAUAGUUGGAGUCCAGAUUUGUUGGGGAAUGUUAAUGUUGUUCUCUUGGGUCUCAAUGGAAAUAAGUUACAGUGUAUUGAAGGAGAUUUGAAGACGGUUUUCAAAAACGUUGAAGUUACAAAUUUGCGAAAUAAUCCUUGGAAUGAAGAGUGUGUUAACAAGAUAGAGGAGUUUAUUCAAACGCCAGAGGAGUUAGUUGAUUAA